AUGUUGCUGCACUCUUCAUCGAAAGCGGACCAGACCUCACGCAUCAUAGACUAUUGCUAUCUCGCCCUCAAUGGUGUUCAAGAAUGCAAGAAGUACACCGGCGUCAAUCCCAGCAAGAUCCCAAAGACCUUGAUCACCCUUUCCAAUACUAUCAACUCUGGCAAAACGGACGCCGUUGUCUUUGCCGACUACAAAGCUUCCAACCCCAAGAACCGUCUCUUCUCACACCAGAGAUUGUUCCUCUACCAUAUCGACGGCCAGUACAAGAGCGAUCCAAAUGUUGCAUCUUCCUUCAAGGAUGGGGCGUUUGUCGUGGCACAUUCUAUUCCAAAGCUUCACAAUAGUGAUGUGUCCAUCCUCUCCCAGCACCUGGUCUGUUUCUCUUUGAGUACCCAAACAGAAGGUAACAGCUCUCUUUGUAGUUUGUCCAAGUUUCAUCUAACAAUAUGUCAGUUCUUUGUAGUCAAGAAGUAUGUCGAUUUGCUAUACAUGGCCGUACCUUUCCAACGCCCCAGCUCCCUCAAUGGCAUCCUGAUCCAAGCCAAGCUGGUGACAUCGGCAGACUUUGCCAACAACCGGUGCAGUUUCGCAGAUUUUGGCAAAAUAUUCAAGCAGUCUCGCGUCAAUCCAAAGUCCCCUGCAGCGCCAGCCAAUUUCUUCAUGAAGCUCUAUUCCGAUGACAAGACAGAGGACGCCUUCUAUGAUAUGACCGAGAAAUGA